UUAACACGUGGCACUUGUGUUCACGCACAUACACAGACACACAUACACAAAUCUCUCUCUCUCUCUCUCUUUCUCUCUGUGCCUAUUAUACCUAUGCGUAUGCUGUAUGAACCUUUUCUAUCGGUGCUCACAUAUUUCAAACAGUUCGUGCAGAUCUAGUGCAGGGUAGGCCUUCAUAUGAAUCAGUUUCAAAAUUGCUGACCAUGGUCCUGAAUAAGUUUUAAACAACUCCACUGUUUAAGCAUACUCACCCUCGGACGGUUUCUUUUGGUCAGAGAGGCAUGUCAGUCUAGAACAAAUAUUUGAAUAUCAUGUUUAUUGCAAUGUAUUUGAUAACUAAUUAAGCAUCUUAACACAUUUUAAUUGAUGCAAUGCAACUGAUUACCUGAUUUAAGCACUUCGUUUGGUUUCUGACUGCUGCGUGAUAAAAUGUUGGUGCGAUUUACCAGUGUAAUUCUAUUGGUUAGGCUCAGAGGGCCGCUGUUGGCCAACAGUAUGUUACUGAUGAACAUCGACCAUCCUACAAUUUGUACCUCCCCCAUCAUUCUUACAUGACCAGUGUAAAAGAAACGAGCAAAACGGAGCCGUAACCUUACGCUGCAUCUUCUUUUUCAACCUAUACGGGAUAUAAAUACACCUUGCUUUCCUUUUCCGAGCAGCAAGCAUGACUCGUCAUAAAUUCUCUUGGAUUGCACUGUUUAUACCGUCUACGACUGGGAUUUUUUUGAUCAGAGGAACAGCACGACGAGUCCUAUUGUUCAUGUCGCUCAUCUCACUAAGCUCAGUGUACGGACAAGUCAGCUACUCCAUCGCCGAGGAGAUGGCUAAAGGCUCUGUUGUCGGUAAUAUAGCACAGGAUUUGGGAUUGGAAUUGAAGAGACUGAAAUCAGGUAAAGCUCGUGUUUUUACCGGAGAUAGCACUGAAUAUAUCGACCUGAAUAAAGAAAGGGGACUCCUCCUCAUCAAAGAGAGAAUAGAUAGAGAAGCAUUAUGCGGACAGACUACGCCUUGUGCUCUUGACUUUCAGAUCAUUCUACAGAAUCCCAUGGAAUUGUACAGAGUAACAGUAGAGAUUACCGACGUAAAUGAUAAUGCUCCCACUUUUAAGAAAACCGAAAAACGUUUUGAAAUUAGUGAAUCCGCUGUGUUAGGAUCAAAAUUUGUAUUAGACAAAGCAAUGGAUCUAGACAUAGGCACCAAUGGUCUUCAAAGCUAUACAUUAAAGCCAACGGAUAAUUUUGUAUUGAAACUGCAUAGUCAGGCUGAUGGAAGUAAAAAGGUAGAAAUGGUUUUACAGAAACAACUAGAUCGAGAGAAGGAAGAGAACAUGUCGCUUCUUCUGACAGCUAUGGAUGGUGGUGAGCCCCUUAUGUCGGGGACAGUUCAGAUAUACAUCACCGUGUUAGACAUUAACGAUAAUGCUCCUGUUUUCACCAAGGCUGUCUAUAAGAGCGUAAUACCUGAAAAUUCCCCAAAAGGAACACUAGUGACUUCGGUCAGUGCGUCCGAUGCGGAUAAAGGGAGCAAUGGAGAAGUAAGUUAUUUCAUUUCAAACAGUCUCGAUGGCGUGUCUGAGUUGUUUCAUAUAGAGGAACACGGUGAUAUUAUUUUAGUUGGGGAGCUAGACUACGAAACAGCCAAAUAUUACCAGAUCGACAUAGAAGCAGUAGAUAAGGGUGGAUUGUCAGACUCAAGUAAAAUAAUCCUGGAUGUAACUGACGUCAAUGAUAACAGCCCUGUUAUAACUAUUAUAUCACAAUCUACGUCAGUAAAUGAAGAUUCCGCUAUAGACACAGUUAUAGCGAUGAUUAGUGUGAAUGAUCCAGAUUCUGAUACAAAUGGAGAAGUGCAUUGCGACAUGAACGACAACAUUCCCUUUGCAAUCAAGUCGACAACAAAUGGUUUCUACAGCAUAGUUACUGACAGUGCACCGGACCGCGAAACAGACUCCGAGUAUAAUAUUACCGUGACGUGCUCCGAUGAAGGUGUACCGUCACUUUCCAGCAGUAUCACUCUCAGAUUACAGAUUACUGAUGUGAAUGAUAACGCACCUCUGUUUGAAAAGAGCUCAUAUGAAGCAUCCGUUAUUGAAAACAACUCUCCAGGUCUCUCUGUAUUUGCAGUUAGGGCCAUAGACGCAGACUGGAGGCAGAAUGCCCGUGUUUCUUAUAUACUGGAUGACGGUAUGAUUAAUGGAGUAGCCAUCUCGUCCUAUGUGUCCGUCAAUGCUGAGAGUGGAGUCAUACAUGCUGCGCGUUCUUUUGAUUACGAGCAGAUAAAAGACUUUCAGUUCCGGGUAAAGGCCCAAGAUGGAGGGUCCCCUCCAUUAACUAGCAAUGUUACCGUUAAAAUAGUCGUUAAAGACCAAAACGACAACGCACCACAGAUUCUGUAUCCUGUACAGACAAGUAGUUCCAUGGUGGCAGAAAUUGUGCCUCGUUCAGCAGAUGUGGGCUAUCUCGUCACAAAAGUGGUGGCUGUGGACGUGGACUCUGGACAGAAUGCCUGGCUCUCAUAUAAACUUGUGAAAGCAACCGACAGAGCGCUUUUUAUAGUAGGCGCUCAGAAUGGAGAAAUAAGAACUAUUCGCCAGGUCACUGACAAAGAUGCAGUGAAACAAAAGCUAACAGUAAUAGUCGAAGACAACGGACAACCCUCUCGCUCAGCUACAGUCGUUGUGAAUGUGGCGGUUGCGGACAGUUUUCCUGAGGUUCUCUCGGAAUUCACAGACUUUACGCACGACAAGGAUUACAACGACAACCUCACAUUCUAUCUGGUUUUGGCACUGGCUGUAGUGUCUUUCCUAUUCAUUGUUUCUCUUAUAGCCAUACUGUCAGUCAAAUGCUACAGAUGGAGACGCGAUCGGAUGUUUUAUAAAUCAAAUGGACAUCUUCCAGUAAUCCCAUAUUAUCCUCCUCAUUACGCAGACGUAGGGGGCACAGGUACAUUGCAACACGUUUACAACUAUGAGGUGUGUCACACCACUGACUCCAGAAAAAGUGAUCUGAAAUACAUCAGGCCCUCAAGUCAGAGCAUUAUAAGUCUUGAUACUAAUGGAACUCUGUCUCUACGGAAUGCGCACAGAGAGAAACUAGUCAUGGAAGACCCAGACGACCAGGUGAGCAGAUCAUGUAAACUUAUCUAAUUUUCUACAGUGGACUAGUUCCUCUGUCGGUGUUGUUAUAUCGAUUGACUAGAACACACACCCACCUCUGAGCAAUUUGAUGUGUGUUUGGUGAAACCUUCUGCUUCUUUUUUCCCCCUGAAAUGUGCAUUCACAUUUAGUCCUAUGAAGGAUGACAUCAAUGUGAAAGCGAAUGUUGCAAAUAUUGUUAUGUUUCUUUUCAUAUGAUAACCUUUACUCACAGAGACUAUUUCACAAGAUAUAUUGUGUAGUUCAACAGAUCUGACUCAGAGUGCCGCUGUUGGUCAACGUGUAGAAUUGUGAAUAGUGGAUUCCGACAGCCCCUCCCUUUAUCUUGUCAGCAUAUGAGACAGAAAAAUAAUCUUACAAACAUCUCCGGGUAGCAGGGAACAGCCAGGGCACUAUACGGUGGAAGAUAUGGUACUUUGACGGUUUAAUCCUGGCUAUACAAACGGCGAAAAACACAUUGUGUUUGCAUUAAUUGGACGGACAAGCUAAAGGAAUACCUUUCUUUUACGGA